GCAAGCGGACCAGAGACACAGCAGUUUUCCGGCGGACCCAAAACCUUGUUGGACACUAUGUCUUCUCUGAGGUGACAGCCUGUUUUAAGACAUGCAGUCCUCUGAUGCUUGUGUAAAAACACCACUGGAGGUUUGUGUUAUUGAUGCAUCAGUCUGAUGCCGGUGUCGUGUUGCAGCAGGGAUGUGUGACGCAGCAGAGACGGACCUGUAUGCCGUCCUGGGAGCCAGCCCCUCAGACUCAGUCCAGCAGCUCAGACACAGGUACCAGCAGCUGGCCUUACAGUACCACCCAGACCGUCUCGGAGAGGUGUGUCCUACAGAGGCAGAGUCUGGUGUGAAGAAGUUUCUAGAAGUUGAUGCAGCGUGGAAGAUCCUCAGUGACCAGAACAGCAGGAGACAGUACGACCUGCAGAGGAGAGCACGGGAACUGAAACAGGAUUGGCCAGUGGAUUCUACGGUCCAUCUGGAGGACAUGAGCUGGGACCCGGAUGAGUGUGUGUACACAUACGGCUGUCGCUGUGGAGGAGGAUUCAGUGUCUCAGAGGAGGAGGUGGAGGAGGAGACACAGAGGAGGCAACAGGGUGAUGAAGAGGAGGACACAGAGGAAGAGGAGCACAGAGGAGUGGUUGUUUGCUGUGAUACGUGUUCCCUCAGCGUGUGUGUCACAUGGUCACUACAUCAAAGACUGAAAAAGACAUAACUGUGUCAUCAUGGAAGAGGACGCCAAAUCAUCAGUGUACUGUUGGACAGUGGAAGUGUCUUUCUCUCACGUCUCAGACUUUUUGCUCGCCGUCUGCAUCUCUUGUGUUGGGAGGUCCAUGAAGCGCAAUAACAACACACUGUGUGUGUGGAGAAUAUUGUAUGUUGAAUUGUGAAGUGUGUGAAGCUACAGCUAAUUUGGUUUGUCUUGGGUAAUUUAAAGAAAAAAGCCUUUUUUUUAAAAAAAUCUGAGCUGUUUUCUU